AUGAACACUUAUACGAUAAUAUACAUCUUGAUCAGGACAGUGUCAGAACUUUUGCUAAGGACCUUAAGGAUACAACACUUGGCAGGGACACACACACCCAUCACCCCAGCAGCAGAGGCCCCCCGCUCCACUUUCUGAAACAACAGUACCCCCACCAUCCCCAGGAGAGAAGAGCCAGACACGGCUUAUGACAGCACAGCUCUACAAGACCGGGCCCAACACAGCACAGAUUUACCAGACCAGACCCGCCUCAGGACAGCACGACCAGACCCGUCCCAUCACAACACAGCUCUACUAGAUCCGGCCCAUCACAACACAGCUUUACUAGACCCGGCCCAUCACAACACAGCUCUACUUGACCCGGCCCAUCACAACACAGCACUACUAGACCCGGCCCAUCACAACACAACACAACACCACUAG